AUGAAGUCAUCGGAACUUGCUAAUACAGCAGCCUACAUUUUUUGCAGUGCGCAGAGACCUCCCUACGAGAAUCGUUUCGACUUCUUCACUCUCCAUGGGCUGACCCCCACUGUUCAUUUCCCUGCCUUCCUCGAACAUCCAGCUUUCCCUCCGACGGGUGUUGCUCGCCUAGUUGAAUAUCUCGGAAGGGUCAUCAUUGCUUUAUAUGCUGGAAUUGGUUGUCCAGAACCGGAGCUCACCUACGCCUUGUCCCAUGUCCCUUAG